GCAGCCCCCUGUCGGGAAACCCCGUAGCCCCGCGCCGUGUUACCGUUGGCUGCAGCUGGCGAGACAAGCGGCACUAACUAGAGACCGGCCGAGGAGUCAUGAACAGCCAGGGAGGGGACGAGAUCGGAAAGCUGUUUGUUGGUGGUCUUGAUUGGAGUACAACGCAGGAAACUCUGCAAAAUUACUUCUCGCAGUAUGGGGAAGUCGUAGACUGUGUGAUAAUGAAAGAUAAAACCACAAAUCAGUCGAGAGGCUUUGGUUUUGUGAAAUUUAAAGAUCCCAACUGUGUAGCCACAGUACUGGCCAGCAGGCCUCACACACUGGAUGGCCGGAAUAUUGAUCCAAAGCCAUGUACCCCUCGUGGAAUGCAACCUGAGAGGACCCGACCGCGAGAAGGCUGGCAACAAAAAGAGCCAAGGAUAGAAAGUAGUAAAUCGAACAAGAUUUUUGUGGGUGGAAUCCCUCACAAUUGUGGUGAGACUGAACUACGAGACUACUUCAAGCGAUUUGGAGUGGUUACAGAAGUGGUUAUGAUCUAUGAUGCUGAGAAACAGAGGCCAAGAGGUUUUGGAUUUAUAACUUUCGAGGACGAACAAUCAGUGGACCAGGCUGUCAACAUGCAUUUUCACGACAUCAUGGGCAAAAAAGUUGAAGUGAAACGGGCAGAACCUCGUGACAGUAAAAGCCAAAGUCCAGGACCCAGCCAGUGGGGAGGCAGAGCCAUGCAGAACACCGCCAAUGGAUGGGCUGGACAGUCGCCUCCGACCUGGCAGCAAGGAUACAAUCCACAAGGUAUGUGGAUGCCCACAGGACAGGCAAUUGUCUUCUCCACAGGCGGCUAUGGGCCUCCUGCAGGCCGGGGUGCUCCACCACCACCCUUUACUCCCUUUUUAGUAUCGCCAUCUCCUGGAAGUUUCCCCCCACCACAGGGCUUCCCAACAGGCUAUGCAACACCACCUCCAUUUGGCUAUGGUUAUGGUCCACACCCUCCAGGAGUGCCCCCUCCUCCUGGUACCCCAGGAGCAGCGCCGUUGGCAUUUCCUCCUCCACCCCCAGGGCAGACACCUCAGGAUCUUAGCAAGCCCCCUGGUGGUCAGCAAGAUUUUGCCUAUAAUCAGUUUGGUUAUGGGCAGGAGAUGAGUGGGUUUGGACAGAGUUUCUCUGAUCUCAGUCAGCAGCCCCCCUCUUACACAUCAGGACCCUCAGCACCAGCAUCAGGAGGCCCACCCGCUGGGGUGAGUGGCUUGGGAAGAGGGCAGAAUCACAACGUGCAAGGAUUCCACCCUUACAGGCGUUAACAUCAGGACAACAUAUGCGCAGUGGAGAUGAGUUGACGCAUCCACCUCUGAACUUGUGACAAUCACCUGGUGAAGACACAUCCUGCUACUAAAGACUUGUGGAGGUUCUAUGUUUGAAGGAGAAGCUGUGGGUGUUUGGACUAAAGUUUGUACAUCUUUCUUUGACCCAUCAGCACAAAUAAAGCCAAUGAGUCACUGUUCUGAACAGGGUUUGAAACAUCUGCAGCUUUAAUGGAACUCUUCAGGUUUAUUAGUUCUUUAUUUUAUUUUUUUAUUUUUUUUUUUUUUGUUUUGUUUUUUGGGGGGUUGGGGAUAUUUUUCUGAGCCUUUGUUUUACCAUAUAUUGUAAACUUUUAUGUUUAAAGAUAUAAAGAAUAUACAUUUACAGAUUGUGAAUUUUUAAGAAAAGAAUUUUCUACUAUGUAUGCCGGUUUAUUUUUUAAUUUAAUUGCAGGGUUUCCGGUGACACUGGAGUUCAGAAAAGUUUUAACUCCUUGCUUCUGAAUUUUUUUAUUGUUUUUGUUUAGGGGGGUGGGUGCAAAUAGCAUCUUGUUACCCACUGACUUCCUACUGAGUGUUCUUGAUACUGUUACUUGACAUGAGGCAAAAACCAAGAAUCUGCCACCUGCUCCAUGGUCACCAAUGGGGGAGGGGGCAGUACAACUUGAUUUGUGCCCCACACCUGCCACAUCCUGUAAGCAGAUUUUCCUUAUUGGAGCUGUCUCUAGAUGUAGAUUCCUCAGGCUGAAGGUGUGCAGUGCAUUUUGCACUAAAUGGUAAAUACCUCCUGGUUUGAAUAAAGAAAAUCCUUUUUGGAUUCAAA